CGAUAUUCGGCCAGCCUUUAAGGGUAACAUAUGUUUUCGUAGGAUCAUCAUACAAUUUUUCCACUCUUUUUAACACUCAACAGAUUUAGCUAGAAAGUGACCGAAAAUUUAUUAAUCUUUACAAUUUUGUUUGCAACAUUUUAAACAAAAAUAUAGUCUAUGGCCAGUUGGUACAACACCGAUGGACGUGUGGAGACCGCCCAGUGAUAUAAACUGAUUGAAGAUGGCCUGGGCCUACAUGAUCGAGAUUAAGCCAUCGGAGUCCUGCGAUGCCGGGGAAUGGAAAUGUGCGGUCACCAGCUUUGAGGGAUGUGUGGGCAUCUCCACCUGUGCAGUUAACAUGGACAUUCCCAGAAACUAUCGCAAGCCUCGGUUCAUGGAGAGCCUUCAUGCCGUUCUAACUGAAGAGGGUCUUGUCUCCUUUGAGUGUAAAGUGGUGGGCUUCCCAACGCCAGUGCUCAAAUGGUUCAAGGAUGGCCAUGAAUUGAAGCCUGGUGAUGUUUACCAGCUGACAGGAUCCAAUUCCUUUUAUAACCAAUACUCAAAAUGAGUUUUGGGUUAUAUUAGAUUUGUGGUAAAAGUGGAUGUGUGUA